AUGAAAGAGGCUUUUAAUGCAGAAACUGCCUCUGGGUUUUCUCUUGUUCCAUUGUAUAAGUUUGUCAUAAGGAACACUUGGAAAACCAUCCUUUCUAAAAGUACUAGGAUUUUAGUCCUCAAGAAAUGCGGAGUCCCAUCUGAAGUAAUCAGUUUAAUUUCUAAUGUAUCAGGUUGUAUACCACAAUAUGUUCCAUCAUUGUGCCCAAACAAUUGCUUGGCCUUAAAAUACAGGCACAUUACUGGUGCCUGCAACAACAGAAAUCAUCCAGCCUGGGGUGCUUCAAAUACUAUUUUGACUCGUUGGCUUCCAUCUCAAUAUGAAGAUGGAAUUAGUGAGCCAAAAGGUUGGAAUCCUGAUUUCCUAUACAACAAUUUUCCCCUCCCUCCGGUUCGAGAAGUUACCAAGCAAAUAAUGCAUUCAUCCAGCAGCGCCCUAAAGGAAGAUGACCAAUAUUCCCACAUAAUAAUUGAAUGGGGACAAUACAUUGAUCAUGACAUUGCCUUAACACCCCAAAGUAUUAGUCGAAUACCAAUGAUGUGGGAUGUGGAUUGCAGAUCUACCUGUGAAAACAUUAACCAGUGCUAUCCAAUAAAGUUAUCUGCAAAUGAUUCUUUAUCCCAAGGUGGUUGUUUACCAUUUUAUCGUUCAUCUGCUGCAUGUGGUACUGGCAAUCAAGGUGUAAUGUUCGGAAAACUUUCAGCAAACCCAAGAGAGCAAAUAAAUGGCUUAACAUCAUUUAUUGAUGCAUCAACUGUCUAUGGAAGCACACCAGCAUUGCAAGACAAACUGAGAAAUCUUUCCAGUGAAGAAGGCCUACUGAGAGUAAAUGUGAAAUAUUCAGAUGCCGGACGAGAAUACAUGCCAUUUGUGGAAGAAUCACCAUCACCUUGUAUACAAAAUCCUAUGUCUGAUAAUUCAGAAAGAAUUGAAUGUUUCUUUGCAGGGGAAAGCAGGUCUAAUGAAGUCAUAUCCUUAACUGCAAUACACACAUUGUGGUUAAGAGAACAUAAUCGCCUAGCUAAAACCUUGAAAAAGCUCAAUCCCCACUGGAGUUCUGAAAUAACAUAUCAGGAAGCUCGGAAAAUUGUUGGUGCUUUGCAUCAGAUUAUCACUAUUCGAGAUUACAUUCCAAAAAUUGUGGGACCAACAAGUUUUGAUCAGUAUAUCGGAGAAUAUCAAGGAUAUGAUGAAAAACUGAAUCCAUCUGUGUCGAAUAUAUUUACAACAGCUGCUUUUCGCUUUGGACAUGCAACAAUCCCACCUCUUGUUUAUAGAUUAGAUUCACAUUUUAAAGACCACCCACAGUAUCCACAUUUGCUACUGAAUGAAGUUUUCUUUCGACCCUGGAGAAUUAUUAAAGAAGGUGGACUGGAUCCAUUAUUAAGAGGAAUGCUUGGAAAAUCUGCCAAACUCCAAACACAAAAAGAUAUGAUAAAUGAAGAGUUGACUGAAAAACUAAUUGUGUUGUCAAUUAAUGGUUCAAUGGAUUUGUCAUCGUUAAAUUUGCAGAGAGGACGUGAUCAUGGUCUACCAGGCUACAAUGAUUGGAGAAAGUUUUGUGGCCUUCCAGUGUUAAAGACAGUAUCAGACAUGAGGAUGGCAAUCUCAGAUGAGAAUUUAAUUAGGAAGUUGAUAGAUUUAUACGGGCAUCCGGAUAAUAUUGAUGUCUGGCUUGCUGGCUUAGCCGAAGACCUUCUUCCAGGAGCAAGAACUGGACCUCUGUUUGCAUGCAUAAUAGGGAAGCAAAUGAAAGCUUUGCGAGAAGGAGACAGGCUUUGGUAUGAAAAUAAGAAGGUUUUUACAGAAAGCCAGAAAGCUGAGCUAGGGAAACAUUCACUUUCAAAGGUGAUUUGUGAUAACACGGGCCUUACACACAUACCGACAGAUGUCUUUAUAAUGGGAACCUACCCAAAUGACUUAACGUCUUGUGAUAUUUUACCUGGCAUCAAUCUCCAAGCCUGGAAAGAGAACUUCCAAAAAGGUACGUCAUGCAGUCUACCGAGAAGUAUUGAAAAUGGUUACUUUGUGUUGUGUUCUGAGACUGUGGUAAGUUAUAUAUGUCACAAUGGCUAUCGUUUAGAAGGACAUGAAGAAUUGACGUGUCAAGGAAAUCAGUGGAGUACUCAACCACCAUUUUGUUCAGAUAUAGAUGAAUGUGAGGAUCAUCAAAAUCCAUGCCAUUCUUCUGCAAAAUGCAAGAACACACAGGGGAGUUUCCAGUGUUUAUGUACAGAUCCAUAUGAGCUGGCAGAAGAUAACAGGACAUGCGUAGAUUCUGGAAGACUUCCUAGGGGAUCUGUAGCAUCCAUAAUUUUAGUUGCAAUUUUAUUUGUGUCUUGGGCAGCAAUGGGAUGGUUCCUGGUUUAUAAAGGAGAGACCUUGUUUAAAACAUCAUCAGAAUCUCAUCAUUUAGAUGACUUGAAAAAACCAUCGGUAAUAGUGGAUUGUUCCCCAUGUGAUGGAAUUUCCCUGUCAACGCCAACACUGACAUCUGACCAGAUCCACAAGCGGCAGCAGCAAUCCGGGGAAGAUAUUAAGGCCUAUGUGGUAGCCAUUCGCAAACUGGCCUCCACCUGUUCAUUUGGGGAGUACCUACCCAUAGCUCUUAGGGACAAGUUUGUCCUGGGACUGAAUAGUGAAACCAUUCAAAAGAAACUUCUGACUGAACAAGGACUCACCCUUACACGGCGAUUGAGAUUGCAUCAGUCAUGGAAAUGGCUGUCAGGGAUACUGAGGCAUUAA